AUGGUGGCUUCGAACUUCCAAUUUGUUGAAGUGUGCACGUUGCCGGAGGAAAGCAUUGCUUGGAACUCCUUCAAGAUUGCUGGUUUGCAGUUGCACCAGGAUGUGGGGAAAGACACACUCCAAAAAAAUGCAUCCUUUCGUCUCAGAACAUUACUUCGAUUGUUGGAGAAAGACAAUGGCAAUCCACACAGCGACACAAUAUUUCAUUUCUGCACCGGCUCCAGCUGCUGUGUGGCUGGCCGAGAAACAGCACUGAGCACAAUUAUCAAUUGUUAUUUGGACUUGUUCUCCCACAUGCCGGUACCGUUGUUGUACCGAUGGAAACACGCUCCGAUUUGCAACAGCUUCAUCCAGGAUGGUCAUUUCCUUCACAAGAUCCUGCCCCGCACCCUAGCAUCCAUGCCACAGAUGAAGUGUGAGUCAGACAAGGUGAUGGAAGCAAUCAACAAGUGGACACAAGCUGCUCAACGACCAGAUGGGACAGAUGAUGCUGAGGAACUUGGGCGUUUGGUUGAAGACAUGUUGCAACAAGAGUCAUCAUACGCUGAAAGGAAUGCGAAAAGAUUCAAGCUCGUGAACCAGGCUUUCCAGGAAAAGAACUUUGAGGUAAUUGUUCAGAUCGUCUCAUUUUUGAUGAGACCUUUGGACACUGCCAUCAACAGGCUUCUGAAGCGAAGUUCGGACUUGAAAGGCAUUCGCUUUCAGGGCAUUCAGGGCUCAGAAGUUGAAUCAAUCCCAGACAUGAAGGCGAGAUCUAUGCAGUUCUUCAUCUCAUAUGUCACUGGAAGAUUUGGACACAACAUCAUUCUUGAUUUCGUCCAGCAACUCAAAUCUGAUGAGUUGACAACACAUUGCCGUGCUUGCUCAGACCCUGGCAUGAUCCAAACAUGCUUUCAACUGGUUGUGCAUGCCAUGUCAGAUGUGUGGUGGCGCUGUUGCUUGCCAGCUGAACAUUUUCCAAACCAAUUGUUCGCUCUGGCAACCUGUGACCAGCAAUCAUUUGAGCAAAGCUGGAAGAAGUUUCGAGAGACCUACAAGAAGUGUCCUUUGUGUGUGGAUCCUGGCUUGAGUGGCCCGCUUUUGAAGUCUGUAGAUUUGGAUGCACUAUCAAAUCAAGAACGGGCACAAACCAUUUGUGGGCUUCAGACGAUGUUAUGUGAGAUUGCCACCUUCUGCCCUUUGGCGACAAAUUUGGUGGAGAAUUCACAUGCCCAGCAUCAAAAUGCUUUGUACGUAUGGCGUGGGAAAUCCAAAGCUCCUGCAGCAGCGGCAGAGUGUUCAGUGCUAUCCUCUUUGGUCAGAGAACAUGCUUACCUCAAGGGCUUGGUCAUUGGGGAAACGAUGCCACGCAGAAUGGGGGUGUCAAGCAUGAAAAAGCAGCUGGGCAGGAAAGGAGGCAUUCAGCCUAAAGUCAUCAGUGCCAAGACUCGGGUCAUCCAGGCAACAACGAGGAAAACAAGACGCAUCAGUGCUUGGAAUGUGUUUUGCCGAUCCCAAAUGCAGCAUCUCAGCAAGAACCACGGCAGACCUCUGACAAAGAAUGAGUACAAGAAUGCGCAGAAGCAAAUUGCUAUGCUGUGGAGAACUCUGUCUGAGGAGGAGCAAACACCUUACAAGGUAGAUGCAAACUUUGAACAGUCUUGCCGAGACGAACUAGGCACACGAGCCUUGAAGACUGGACGGGGACGUGCUGCUAACUCACCUGACUCACCUUCACUGCCCCAAAGAGAUUGUGUAGCAGCCGGCAAUCAGCCCACUCACCUCUUGGAGAAAGUGGCUGGUGAGAGAUAUCUCAAAAAGAUCUCUGCCAAACGGCUUUGUGUGAACAGCGCGGACAAGAAUGCCCAUAGUAACUGGUCUACCUAUGGCUUGGGUUUGCAAGACUCUGACGGUGCAGUGAAGGCAGACUUUGUAGACUUAACUGCCACCGCAGGUCAAGUGGAUUUUGCUGUGGACUACUCGUUGCACAGAGUUGCUAACAAGGAGCUGCUCCAAGAACUUCCUACACCACCCGAUGCUGAAAUCACUGUCCAAACUCGCACAUGCUUGGAAUUGUUUGGCUGUUGCAGGGAACAUGAUCACCUCACAUUGGUUCAAAGCCUUGCCAAGAGCUUUGCAAACAUGGUAACCACCAAGAAACUGCCAGCUGGGACAUUGGUUCGGCUCACGCCAAACUUGGAACAUGGUCAUGCAAGCAAGCCAGUGCCAGAGCUAUAUUUUGUCCUUGGAUUGUUGUGCAAGAAACCAUUGCAGCAUGUUUUGGCAAAAACGUGGAUGUGUGUGACAACUGGCCUCCCUCCGGGCAGCACUGUGUUUUCAAUGGUGGAUGCAAACUCUGGGGUUCCUGUUUUCUCAACUUCGCACCAAGUGUUCUUUGACCUGGCGGAAUGCUACCAUGGGCAUCUGAAGAGCAUAACAGUCUCCAUCUUUCAGAGCAGCUUCGAUUGUUCAGUUUGGGGGCUUCACCAGCUUCGAAUUGUGACAGAAGGUUCACCCUUGGACUUCGUGAUCAAUGUGAAAGCUGGAGCAGAGAGUUCCAGCAAACAAAAGAAACAGAGUUACAUCGGCAUGCCCUUUGGUUUGACACUGGAACGCAGGAAAAGGAAAGCGAGGAAAAGCAUUGCCAAGAGGAAGAGAAAACAGCCGGCUGGGAGGCCAAUGUCUGCGCAACCCGCAAAUGCCGUCCUUUCUUCUUCUUCUGGUUCUGAUGCCCGCUCUGUUUCAGUUUGCUUGGAUUCGGAAUCAGAUUGUGAAGGCUUUGAGGGCUUUGCUGAAACCAGUCCCACUGGCUGUGACUCUGGAGGUUGUGCUGAAUCCAAUGAUGUGUAUGACGAUGACAAUGAUGCCGAUGAGCAUCCAAAUGUUGAUGCUGAUGCUAGUGCUGAGCCAGUCCCGCCAACCACAGCAGCUGAAAUUGAGACACAGGCAGUGCAAGAUGCAUUUGAUGAUUUCAAAGCAGAUUGCAAUCGAAGAGCGGAAUUGGCGGAGGUGGCUUCAGCAAGUAUGGGAACCUUCUUCCACUCCUCAGUUGGCUUCAACGGAGCAGCCUUUGCCCAAUCGAGCCGGAGUGUUUGUUACCAUUGUGAGCAACGCAUUGAGAAAGGCAGCAUUCGUCUCAUGUACUGCUGGAGCACCAAGAAGCCAUCAAGGUGGAUGCAUGAUUCUUGUGUGGCUGCAUUUGUGCAAGCAGCAGAUAGUGCUGCUCGAAAGUCACAAGCAAUCAAUGCCUUGCGGCAUAUCAUGGACACCUCAAACGAAGAGCUCAUCAAAAAUGCUGCAGAUGGUAUUUUGGACAAAUUGGCUCUUGUGGAUUGCUAG